CGAUGAUCUCUAGAGGUCCCUUCCACCCCCUACAAUUAUGUGAUUCUGUGAAUCUGUGAAUUUCUUAUUUUGGAAGGCCUAACCAAUGAACUUUGUUUGUGGGAGCGUUGCAUUUUUUGGCAGCAGCAAAAUUCAGAUUCUUGAGGCACGUGUUUUGAAACAAAAGCAGCAAAGAAGCUCUGAGUUUCAACAAAACUCACUCAGUCUCAGAAAAUUUCAUUUAGAACUAAUGGGAAAACCUAGUAAAAUUGCAGAGGAAGUGUUCAUUAAACAAACUUUAUGUUCUUGUGUGACCAGAAAAAUUUGGUCUAAUACUGGAUACUGUAUUUCCCUGUGGAUGUUUCUUUUUUCUACCUGAUUGAUAAAUACGUUAUUGUCUAUCAAAAAUUAUGUCUGAAAGUUUCAUGAGACUCAUUAGUAUUUAAUUUGCAGUCAAUACUACUUCUACACAGGAUUCUGAACUUCAAAUACAGUUUCUUAACGGAUUUUUUGUUUCUAACUUAAUUUCCAGUUGUUCCUUUUCAUAUCAGCUUGUGCAAGAGAAAGUGUAUUUAGACUCCAAUAAAUCAGUUCAGUGGUUGGAUGGUGGUUCUUCUAGCAAGGACUGUGUAGACUAGUGACUUCUGCCUGAAAUGAAGCUGUAUUUUGUUGUGUGACUGAAGAAGUCAGUGUUAAUAUUUAGAUUUGUUUGAGAAUUUCUACUAAAAACGGUACUUAAAAAUGAUACUUUGUUGGUCAAAUAUUUCAGCACUUAGGUCGAGGAAUUGACGUGAGGAGAAGAAAAAUAUGGGACAUGUAUGGACCAGAAACUCAUUUAGAGGAAUCUUCUAUCGUGCCAGGUGACAGUCAUCUCUUUCCAGAUACUGACUGGCUGAUAGGAAACCAUUCAGAUGAAUUAACGCCAUGGAUACCUGUAAUUGCUGCCAGGUCUUCCUAUUCAUGCAGGUACUUUGUGCUGCCAUGUUGCUUUUUCGAUUUCCAUGGAAAAUACAGCCGAAGACAAAGCAAGAAGACUCAAUACAGAGAAUAUCUUGAUUUUGUUGCUGAAGUGGGACGUGUCUGUGGUUUUCAUGUGGAAGAAGAUUGCCUUAGAAUUCCAUCAACAAAAAGGGUGUGCCUUAUUGGAAAAAACAGGAUCUAUCCAACUACAGAACGUUCUUUGAUGGAUGAGCAGAUAACACAGUUUAUUCGUAAUCGUCAGACCUGUGCUGGGGUUGCACGUGACAGAGAAGAUGGCUUUAAUCAUAACGAUCACGCUGUGUGCAAAGGAGCAAGCUCAGAACUCCCUGAAAAUGUGAUGGAGACUGCUGGUGGAAUUUGGAUGCCUGGAUUUCAACCCAGAGAAAAAGUAGAACAAACCAGAAAUUGUGCUGCCCUCCCUCGGGAUUUUGUAGAUGGUGUUGUUCUGAAUGUAGCAAACUUGCUGUUAAAUGCAGUCCCUGCAAAAUCAUGUUCUAAUACACAUGGUGGAAAUAAAAAUACCUGGAAUCAAGGAGAAAGCCUUUCCUUGAAAGAAGUAGCAGAACAUUUAAAUAAGGAGACUUUAAAGAGGCUGAAAAGUGAAUAUGGAGGCCUGCAAACACUGCUCAAGAAUAAUCAUCAAGUAUUUGAAGUUCUAGACGGGAGAGUUCAUAUUCGUGACUGGAGAAAAGAGAAGCCAUCAAGGAAAACUAAACCUGAAGUAAAACGAUGCCUUUCAGCUGAAGCAUUUAAAACACGUCUCUGUUGGUUUUUCAUUCAUCAUCCUGACGGUUGUUCUUUGCCUUCUGAAUCUUGUCCAUAUGCUCAUGGGACUGAGGAGCUAAGACAGUCUGAGACUAUUAAAAAGAAAAGACAUAUACGAUGAUAAAAUGCUGCCACUUAUGUUGAAGCUUGUGUGCAUAAGUGUAUUUGACUGACUUUGGGACUGCUUAGUGCAUGAGCACCUGCAAAAUUUGGAGGUUUCUCUUCUUGUUCCAAUCUAUUUUAUUUUUCUAGUUAGUUUACAAGUUCUCCUAUAUUUUAGUUUCUGUACCAUUGAUAUGAAAAAAUUAUAGUAAAAUAUGUGCAUAUUUCUGGA